ACUAGUGGCGGUGAACCAGCUGUGAGGUCAAGGUGGACACCAAAACCAGAGCAAAUCCUCGUACUGGAAUCCAUCUUCAACAGCGGUAUGGUAAACCCUCCCAAAGAUGAGACUGUCAGGAUAAGGAAGUUGCUCGAGAAAUUUGGGGCUGUGGGUGACGCCAACGUCUUCUACUGGUUCCAAAACCGCCGCUCUAGGUCGCGCCGCCGCCAGCGCCAGCUGCAGGCUCAGCUCAACAGCAUAGGCGGUGGCGGCAGCGGUAGCGGUAGUGGUGGUGGUGGUGCAAUUCAGUACGAAAGUAGUAGCAGUACUACUGUCACCACCACCACUACUGCCACCAGUACUACUGCUCCAGCUACCGCCAUGGCGGGGUUUGGAAGCGGGGGUGGUGGUGGAGCUUCUGCUUAUUCUUUUCUUAUGGGCGGAGGUGGCUGUUCUUCAUCGAAUUCUUGCGGAGUUUUGGGAGACGAUCAUCAUGGUCAUCAUCAUCAUCAUGGCCUCUUCCCAGUCUCUGGUCAAAUGGGUUUUCCAGAAAUCGAGCAAAGCUCGGCUGUAACGCCUGGUUUAUACCCUCCAGAUAGCUCAAAUAUGCACUUCCAAUUAUCUGGUGGAAAUAAUAAUAUGAUGACAGUGUUUAUCAAUGGGGUUGCAACAGAAGUCCCAAAAGGUCCAAUUGACUUGAAACCAAUGUUUGGUCAAGAUGUGAUUUUGGUGCACUCUUCAGGGGUUUCCGUUCCAAUCAAUGACUUUGGGAUUCUACUACACUCUUUGCAACCUGGUGAAAGCUAUUUCCUGGUUCCAAGAUCAUCAUUAAGUAAUAACUAA